AUGACAGCCUUGCGCAUCUUUGGCUUGACGUUUCUGUUAACGAUUUUGCAGCAGAGGGUGUCCGGCUCCGGCGUCUUCCAGCUGGAGCUACACGAAUUCGUGAAUAGCCACGCGUCUCUGGCCAGCGGGGAGCCCUGCUCCCCCCACUGCAGGACCUUCUUUCGCGUUUGUUUGAAGCAUUUUCAGGCAGUGGUUUCCCCGGGCUCCUGCACUUUUGGCAGCAUCAUCACCCCGGUUCUGGGAAUAAACUCCUUCAGCAUCAAGGAUACUGAGAGAUUUGACAGCCCCAUUAAGCUUCCCUUUAACUUCACGUGGCCGGGAACCUUCUCCAUGAUCAUCGAGGCCUGGCACGCGCCCGACAACUACCUGCCGGAAGGCUCCCGGCCGCUCCCGCAGGAGUGGCUCAUCAGCCAGAUGUCGAUCCAGCGGUCGCUGUCGGUGGGCGAGGACUGGUCGCAGGACGUGCAUCAGGACCCGCUGACCAAGUUGCGCUACUCCUACCGCGUGGUGUGCAGCGAGAACUACUACGGCGAGAGCUGCUCCCGCCUCUGCAAGCGCCGCGACGACCGCUUCGGGCACUACGUGUGCGCGGCGGACGGGAGCCUGGCCUGCCUGCCCGGCUGGGCCGGCGAGUACUGCACCGAGCCCAUCUGUCUGGCUGGAUGUACUGAACAGAAUGGAUAUUGCAACAAGCCUGGAGAGUGCAUCUGCCGUCCUGGUUGGCAAGGCCGCUACUGUGAUGAAUGCAUUCCCCAUAUAGGCUGCCGCCACGGGACUUGUAAAACACAAUGGCAGUGCAUAUGUGAUGAAGGAUGGGGUGGCCUCUUCUGUGAUCAAGAUCUGAACUACUGCACUCACCACAGGCCAUGCAAAAAUGGAGCAACUUGCAUGAACACUGGCCAGGGCAGCUACACGUGCGCGUGCAAACCCGGCUUCACCGGCGUCGACUGCGAACACGAGAUCAGCGAGUGCGACAGCAAUCCCUGUAGGAACGGUGGCAGUUGCACGGAUAUGGAGAACGGUUAUCACUGCCUGUGCCCCCCUGGCUACUAUGGCACUCACUGUGAGCACAGCGCUCUGACAUGUAUAGAUUCUCCAUGCUUCAACGGUGGCACAUGCUUGGAAAAGGAUCAAGGGGCCAGCUACACUUGCGUUUGCCCUUUCGGCUUCACAGGGUCUAACUGUGAAAAAAAAGUAGACAGGUGCACAAGCAACCCGUGUGCAAAUGAUGGUAGUUGCUUUUACCUUGGGCAGAUUCGUGUGUGCCGCUGUCGGGCUGGUUUCUCUGGUCAGAAAUGUGAGAUAAACAUCAAUGAUUGUGCCAGAAACCCAUGUUCCAAUGGGGGAACUUGUCAUGAUCUAAUCAACGAUUACACCUGCACAUGCAUGCCAGGCUACAGUGGCAGGAACUGUGACAUCAAAACCAGAGAUGAAUGUGCUUCUGGGCCAUGUGAGAAUGGAGGCACAUGCUACAGUGGACUUUAUAGUGCCAACUUUGUUUGCUACUGUCCUUCUGGCUUCAUGGGCAACCGCUGUGAAUUGCCAGUUUAUUCAGUGCCCGUUACACUUCCUCCUAAACCAGUCCCCUGGAUUGCUAUAUCCAUGGGGGUGGGGCUGGUGGCUUUGCUCAUACUGUUCUGCAUGAUAGCAAUGGUCAUCAGGCAGAUGAGGAUGCACCCAGAGCAGGAGUUGGAGACAAUGAACAACCUGUCUGACUUCCAGAAGGACAAUCUCAUUCCAGCUUCCCAGCUGAAAAACACCAAUAAAAAUAAAGACCUUGAAGUAGACUGUGGGCUGGAGAAAUCAAACUACAAACCCAAGAACCAUAAACUGGACUACAAUCUGGUAAAAGACCUGACAAGUAGAGGGACACCAGAAGAUAAAUAUUACAAAAGUGAAAAGUGUUUAGGAGAGAAGUCUCCCCUCCGACUACACAGUGAAAAGCCAGAAUGCAGAAUAUCAGCGAUAUGCUCUCCGAGGGAUUCAAUGUACCAGUCCGUCUUUGUGAUAACAGAAGAACGGAAUGAGUGCAUCAUAGCCACAGAGGUAUAAGACUGAAGAUCAGACCAUUUGCACCUCAGAUUUGAUGAUGCCAGUAGAUGGAUGUUCCUGCUGCAUUGUUUACAAUUCAGAACUGGAUUGGACUGUUUUUAAUUACAUGCAACUUGCUGCUCUCAGGCGGAGGAUGGAACUGAGUGAACUGGACAGACUGUGAAUUUACUGAAAGAUGCAAUACACCUUUUUGUUCUUACUGCCCUUGUUUGAAGUUUGAUACCAGAAAUCUCAUUUGCUAUUGAAAAGGGGAGGCAGAGGGAAGAGAGAGGUUAAAAAUGUUGGUGUUUUAAAAGAUGCUGAGGCCAGUUCCUCAUGGACAGACCCCUGGCUUUCCAGAACUGUGGUUAUGGGAGGUGCUGGUAGAUAAGGAGGCACACAACUGUCACAGAUGUUGCCAUGGAAGGUGCGAAGCAAGACACAUUGCUAUGCAGAUAAUGGAUACAGUAUAAAUGAGGUCUCAAUUUUUUCUGGGUUUAAAAGUGCCUAUAAUGUGUCAAGAGAAUCUAACAAGCCCAAACAGAAACUUGACUGCCGUUUUUGCAGUUACCUGAACAGUACUGGGCAGAGGUAGUUGAUACUUCCUGCUAAACAUCCAUUUGCAUCUCCUCUCUCCUUCUGCAUGUACUGGAGACUCUGUAAGGGGUGAGAGGAGGAGGAAAGAA